AUGAACGAUAGCCAAAACUGCCUACGACAGAGGGAAGAAAAUAGUCAUCUGAAUCCUGGAAAUGACUUCGGCCACCACCAGGGUGCAGAAUGUACGAUAAAUCAUAACAACAUGCCACACCGCAAUGCAUACACAGAAUCUACGAAUGACACGGAAGCAAAGUCCAUAGUGAUGUGCGACGAUCCUAACGCAUACCAAAUUUCCUACACAAAUAAUGAGCCGGCGGGAGAUGGAGCUAUAGAAACCACGUCCAUUCUACUAUCGCAACCGCUGCCGCUGCGAUCGAAUGUGAUGUCUGUCUUGGUAGGCAUAUUUGUUGCCGUGGGGGGCUUCUUGUUUGGGUAUGACACUGGACUUAUAAACAGUAUCACGGAUAUGCCGUAUGUUAAAACCUACAUUGCUCCGAACCAUUCAUAUUUCACCACUAGCCAAAUAGCCAUACUCGUAUCAUUCCUCUCCCUAGGAACAUUUUUCGGUGCGUUAAUCGCUCCCUAUAUUUCAGAUUCAUAUGGUAGGAAGCCAACAAUUAUGUUUAGUACCGCUGUUAUCUUUUCCAUCGGAAACUCAUUACAGGUGGCAUCCGGUGGCUUGGUGCUAUUAAUCGUCGGAAGAGUGAUCUCAGGUAUCGGGAUCGGGAUAAUCUCUGCUGUGGUUCCUCUUUAUCAAGCUGAAGCUGCGCAGAAGAACCUUAGAGGUGCCAUCAUUUCCAGUUAUCAGUGGGCUAUCACUAUUGGGUUACUCGUGUCCAGUGCAGUAUCGCAAGGAACUCAUUCCAAAAAUGGCCCGUCUUCAUAUAGAAUACCAAUUGGUUUGCAGUACGUUUGGUCAAGUAUUUUAGCUGUGGGCAUGAUAUUCCUUCCAGAGAGUCCAAGAUAUUACGUCUUGAAGGAUGAACUCAAUAAAGCUGCAAAAUCGUUAUCCUUUUUAAGAGGCCUCCCGAUCGAAGAUCCAAGACUCUUAGAGGAGCUUGUUGAAAUAAAAGCCACUUACGAUUAUGAAGCAUCGUUCGGCCCGUCAACACUUUUAGAUUGUUUCAAAACAAGUGAAAAUAGACCCAAACAGAUUUUACGAAUAUUUACUGGUAUCGCCAUACAAGCUUUUCAACAGGCAUCUGGUAUCAAUUUUAUAUUCUACUAUGGAGUUAAUUUUUUCAACAACACAGGGGUGGACAACUCUUACUUGGUUUCUUUUAUCAGCUAUGCCGUCAACGUCGCCUUCAGUAUACCGGGUAUGUAUUUAGUGGAUCGAAUUGGUAGAAGACCAGUCCUUCUUGCUGGAGGUGUCAUAAUGGCAAUAGCAAAUUUAGUCAUUGCCAUCGUUGGUGUUUCCGAGGGAAAAACUGUUGUUGCUAGUAAAAUUAUGAUUGCUUUUAUAUGCCUUUUCAUUGCUGCAUUUUCGGCGACAUGGGGUGGUGUCGUGUGGGUGGUAUCUGCUGAACUGUACCCACUUGGUGUCAGAUCGAAAUGUACCGCCAUAUGCGCUGCCGCAAAUUGGCUAGUUAAUUUCACCUGUGCCCUGAUUACACCUUACAUUGUUGAUGUCGGAUCACACACUUCUUCAAUGGGGCCCAAAAUAUUCUUCAUUUGGGGCGGCUUAAAUGUCGUGGCCGUUAUCGUUGUUUAUUUCGCUGUUUAUGAAACGAGGGGAUUGACUUUGGAAGAGAUUGACGAGUUAUUUAGAAAGGCCCCAAAUAGCGUCAUUUCUAGCAAAUGGAACAAAAAAAUAAGGAAAAGGUGCUUAGCCUUUCCCAUUUCACAACAAAUAGAGAUGAAAACUAAUAUCAAGAACGCUGGAAAGUUGGACAACAACAACAGUCCAAUUGUACAGGAUGACAGCCACAACAUAAUCGAUGUGGAUGGAUUCUUGGAGAACCAAAUACAGUCCAAUGAUCAUAUGAUUGCGGCGGAUAAAGGAAGUGGCUCGUUAGUAAACAUCAUCGAUACUGCCCCCCUAACAUCUACAGAGUUUAAACCCGUGGAACAUCCGCCAGUAAAUUACGUCGACUUGGGGAAUGGUUUGGGUCUGAAUACAUACAAUAGAGGUCCUCCUUCUAUCAUUUCUGACUCUACUGAUGAGUUCUAUGAGGAAAAUGACUCUUCUUAUUACAAUAACAACACUGAACGAAAUGGAGCUAACAGCGUCAAUACAUAUAUGGCUCAACUAAUCAAUAGCUCAUCUACUACAAGCAACGACACAUCGUUCUCUCCAUCACACAAUAGCAAUGCAAGAACGUCCUCUAAUUGGACGAGUGACCUCGCUAGUAAGCACAGCCAAUACACUUCCCCCCAAUAA